GUGAAUUCAACUCCUCCAUCCUCUGUCCUCUUGCUGCUUGAAUCUCACUCCCACUCUUCCCUGGAGCAUGAUAUGCACAGCCAGAGUCUUCCGCUCACUUCAAGUUGUGCCUGUAUGAGCCUCCAAGCCUGAAAAAAAAACGUUUCAUUCCCAGGACUCCAUGCCUUAUCCCAAGACAACUCACUGAUGACCAGUAUUGUACAUUAUGGUGGGAACAACAUCUGCUGGCAGCAGGAUAGAGCCGGACCAGAUGGAUCGCAUAGUUUUUAUUCCCACCCUCCACUUCACAUAUAUGAACUCGGCACAAUCGGCAAUAGAACAACGCGGCUCGAAAAGAGGCGUUGCUCAUCGGUUCGUCUUAACUCCUAUGUUCCGUGUGCUGUAACAACACGGCAUCUUUGAAUGUUUAAUUUAUUGAAUGUUUGUGUGUGCUGGAAGGGUAGCUGGGACAGACAGCGCUGUGUAUGCUUCCAGUGGCAUCAUUCCCAGUAGUAAGUAAAUGAACCACAAGCGACUGAGAGCAUGCACUGCGUGAAGGAGUGUUAAAAAUAGAAACUCUCUUCCAAAGGUUAGAGAAAUCCCGAGGAUCUCUGGAGGUCUGUCACCGGGUUGAGUUUUUUCCGUGGUCAGACAUUCCCAUGGGCCGCUGGUCAACUCCGCCUUGAAGUCUGCGCGAGUUUUCUUUCCUUUUUUCCUAGUUUCCAGAGGCUCAUCCUCCACUCGCUUUAGGGCAGUUCUGCAUGACCACACCACAGCCUCUAUAAACCAGAGCAUCUUCAUGGAGUGAAUGAAGCAAGAGGAUUCCCUCAAGAAAAAAAGGCGCCCGCACCUCAUCUCAUCUGUCACUUAGUUAGAGCUCAGAGUCAGAGAGGCGAGUACUCUGGACGUCGGUCGGCUAGCAGAUGAGAGCCUACAGGAAAUGUCUGCAGACUGGCGCUUGUAGCUGAGCGAAGCCCACGGCCUCCCGAGAGCGCAGUUGCACGGAGCGCUUCCGCGUGGAAGGAAAGGAGGAGAGAAGAGCGGAGCGGAGCGGAGCUCGUGAGAAACAUGCGGGCGGGCGCGCGCUACCUCGUCCUCCUGCUGCUCGGUUGGCUGCAGUGUCUGGAGACCUUUAAUGUAAAUCAGAAGAAUCACAUGACUUUCAGCGGACCCGUGGAAGACAUGUUUGGGUACUCUGUCCAGCAGUUUGAGAACAAUGAAGGGAAGUGGAUAUUAAUUGGUUCUCCAUUGGUGGGGCAGCCAGCAAAGCGAACCGGGGACGUCUACAAAUGCCCUGUGGGCAAGACCAACUCCAAUUGCAUAAAGCUGGAUCUGUCUGAAAACACAACAAUUCCUAACGUAAAUGAAGUGAAGGAAAACAUGACCCUGGGAACAACGCUGGUAACAAACCCAAAUGGAGGAUUUCUGGCCUGCGGCCCACUCUACGCCCGCAUGUGUGGGAAGCAGCAAUAUACCACUGGCAUAUGUUCCAACGUCAGCGCCUCCUUCCAGGUCCUCAACUCCAUCUCACCAACGCUGCAGGACUGUGAGAAAGAACUAGAUAUUGUCAUUGUACUGGAUGGUUCCAACAGCAUCUACCCAUGGUCCAGCGUAACAGAGUUCUUAGUGAAGUUGUUGCAGAGAAUUGAUGUUGGUCCAACGCAAUCCCAGGUUGGAAUCGUGUCUUAUGGGGAUGAUGUCGGUCACGUCUUCAACCUUAGCCAGUUCAACAACACAAAGGAUCUGGUGGAAAAUGCCACAAAAAUUCUCCAGAGAACGGGGAGGAAGACAAACACUUUCCAAGCGAUCGAGACUGCGAGGAAAGAGGCCUUCACAGCAGAGCGAGGAGCACGGCCUGGAGUGAAAAAAGUUAUGGUGAUCGUUACAGAUGGAGAGUCCCAUGAUAACUACCUACUUAAAGAAGUUAUGAAAAAAUGUGAUGAGGAUGGCAUAGAGAGGUUUUCAAUUGCUGUUCUGGGGGAUUACAACAGGCAAAAUAAAAGUGUUCAGGACGUGAAGAAAUUCAUCGACGAGAUUAAGUCAACAGCAAGCAAGCCAACCCAAGAUCAUUUCUUCAAUGUCUCAGAUGAGGUGGCUUUGCUCAGUAUAGUUGACACCCUAGGAAGCAGAAUCUUUGCUCUGGAAGCAACAUCAGGUAACCACACUACUUCCUUUGAACUGGAGAUGUCUCAAGCUGGAUUCAGUGCUCAUACAUCUAGGGAAGGAGUCAUGUUUGGUGCUGUUGGAGCAUACGACUGGAACGGAACUGUGGUCACAUACACAGGACAGAACUUUGUAGUUCCAAGCAGAGAUGCAUUUCACAAUCAUGACACUGAGAAGUAUGAAGGCCUGGCAGGGUAUAUGGGUUAUGAUGUCCAGUCUGCAUCAACACCUGACGGGGUGUUAUAUAUUGCUGGGGCACCACGAUACAACCACACAGGUCGAGUCAUUGUAUAUAAGUUGAAUGGAAAGAACAUUUCAGUUGUGCAGAUACUGAAAGGAGAACAGAUUGGUUCCUACUUUGGCAGUGUUCUUCAGACUGUUGAUGUUGACAAUGACACCUAUACUGACAUCCUUCUUGUAGGGGCCCCAAUGUAUAUGGGCCCUGAGCGGGACGAGCAGGGUCAAGUGUAUGUCUACAAACUCAAUAAGAAAGGAUUGUUUGAGCACGAGAUGACGCUGAAACCCAUCGAUCAGGCUUGCUGCACUGCUCACUCAAGCUCCUGUAAGAACAAUACAAAUGAGCCAUGUGGGGCACGCUUUGGGACCGCCAUCGCCGCAGUCAGUGACCUAAACCUUGAUGGCCUCAGUGAUGUGGUGAUAGGGGCUCCUUUGGAGAACGACCAUCGCGGGGCAGUCUACAUCUACCACGGGGCAGGAAAAUCCCUUAAGAAGAAAUAUGUGCAGCGAAUAGCCUCUGGUGGAGAUGGGAAAAAAAUGAAGUUUUUUGGUCAGUCAAUUCACGGGGUCCUUGACUUAAAUGGAGAUGGCAUCAUCGAUGUUACCAUUGGAGGCAUCGGAGGUGCUGCCCUUUUCUGGUCUAGAGAUGUUGCUGAAUUAAGAGCAAAUAUGACAUUUCAGCCUAAUAAAAUAAACAUGCAACAAGAAUCAUGUGAAGUAGGUGGGAAGAAAAGAGUCUGUGUGAAAAUACAGGUCUGUUUUGAAUAUACUGUUAAGUCAGAAAAAAAGGAAGACUUUACUACUGAAAUGAAAUACAAUCUGAUAAUAGAUUCCCUAAGAGCAGCAUCAAGAGGACUGAUUGCCAACACCACAGACAGGAAAGUUCUGGGGAAAGCCCAGGUCUCCAACAAGGACAGUUUGUGUAGGGAGCAUCUCUUCUACAUGUUGGAUAAGCUGGACUUCAGAGACCCCAUUAUGAUCUCACUGAUAUUUGGUUUAGUAAAUGAAGAUGAAGGCCCAGUGCUGGAUGGGGAUUUACCAACUUCUCUCAACAAGACAAUUCCACUGGUGGACUGUGGAAACAAUGAAAAAUGCAUCACAGAUCUCCAACUUGAUGCUUCAGCAAAUAUAACAAACCUUAUUAUAAAGGCAAAUCAAGAAAAGUUCAAUGUUCAAGUUAAUAUUACAAAUCGCAAAGACAGCGCAUACAAUACAAAAGUUAUACUCAGUCAUUCAAAGAAUGUCAACUACGUGAAAGUUGAGCCCAGAGACAGAGACUGUGAAUCGAAUGUAGGUAAUUUGACCUGUGCUGUGGGAUUCCCAUUUCUCAAAACAGAUGAACAGGAAUCCUUUAAAAUCCACUUUGAAGUAAAUCCAGGACAUGUUCUCAGGAACAUUGAGAUUAAUGUCCACGUAACAAGUGACAGUGAAGAGCCAGAGUCCACCCUUCAUGACAAUGUGAAGAAAAUAAUCAUACCAGUGAAGUACGAGGCUGGCCUAAGCUUUUCAGCGGUCAGAUAUAUGAAGGAAGACCACAUUAUUGUCAAAGAAGGAGAAAAGUACCCAAGUGAAUUCAAUGACACAAGUGUAAUUGGAAAUGAAGUCAUCAUUAGCUACACGAUUAAAAAAGAAAUCAGUCAGCCCAUUCCUCCUCUGACAUUAAUGAUUACUUAUCCUGAUAAGUCCAAAAUGGAAAAUAUUCUACUUUACUUGGUAAAAAUGGCCUUCUCCAAGAAUGUGAUAUGCGAUCGUAGUCUUGUUAACCAACUGAAAAUAAGUCCAAAUAACAUAUACCGGCCAGAUCCCCAGAAGGAAACUUUGAGCAACUUCCUUGUGGCAUGUAAGCAUCCCCUGUGUAAAUCCUUCAACUGCACAAUAAAAGAUGGCAACAUCAGCCAAGUUAACAUCACCUUCAGGGUCUGGAAGCCCACUUUUAUCAAAGCAGAGUUCUCCAGUUUGCAGCUGACUGUUCAAGCUGCGCUGGCAUACAAGGAUCCAGCUUCUCUUUUUGUGCUCAGCAAGGACAAUGAGAACAGAGAUGUGAAAAUACAGGUUUCAAAGGAGUCCCUCGGUGGAAUACCACUAUGGAUAAUCAUAGUGAGCAUUCUCAUCGGAUUGCUCAUAUUAGCACUCGUCAUUUUAAUAUUAUGGAAGGCUGGAUUUUUCAAGAGAAAAUCCAUGGAAGAGAUGAAGGAGGACAUGAAAGAUUAGUAAGGAGUCCACAUGGCAGACUUGUGCCCCAGCCUUCUCAGGUCCAUGUUUCACUUAAAAGAACAGCUUCAUGACAAAGAAUAACAAAGGACAGCACUAAUACAUGUUGGUUUAGUAGAAACAUUUUCUAAAAAGUGAUCAGUAGUUUUUUUCUGUUUUGUUUUUUUUUUCCUCCCUUAAGUAACAGCACUGUAAAUUCCAAUUAUAUCUAUGUGAAAUGCUACAUUGUACAAUGUUUUAGUAAAACAAGUUUCCCAGAUUUGGGUAUAUCCUUAGCAAUAAUCAAAUCAUGCUAGGAAGGUUACAAAGGUUUUGUAACAUGUUGGUAAAUUAUUUUUAUAUGAACAAGUAUUGGAUGUAUGAAAAUGAGGCUCUUAAAACAGAUCUGUGUCACAGCAAUGUUCCUCAGUGAACGUAGUAUUGCCGGGAAGAAAGAACAUCAGGUUCACUGAUUUCUCAGAUGGAAAAGUUGUAGACACAGAGACAGUGAGAGACUAAUGUCCUAAUGUCCUCGUGCAAAACAUAGGUCAUGUACAAGUCCAAACCACUAACAUAACACACAACAUGCAAACACUGUAUAACUUCUCAGCUUCCACAUCAAGGCCUGCCCUCUUCCUCCUUCUACUCAGGGUCACCUUACCUGCUACAAACCCCUGACCUCUUAGACCAUACCAUAUUUAAAACCAGAGUACAUAUGGCCAUACAAAACCCAGAAGAACAUAAAACACACCAAAAAAAAUACACUAUAGACAUUCAUUGGACGCAUAUAACAUAUCCAAAAACAGAUAUAAAUGUACAUUUCACACUUCCAGUUGCUAUCAAGAGUUUCCAACACAUUUGAACCCCCCUGUCGUACUGGUAUACACCCCAAAAAAGAUGGGCACUUCCCAUGAUGCCCUACAAAGCCAGUCCACAGGGCUUGCUUCUGUUUGGCAGUGAGGAAACGAUACCUAGUAGGCCAAAGAGGUAGUCUGGCGAAACGGCAGAAACAACCGACCCAAGGUAAAUGUUACAAUACUACAAAUGGACACGGUUAUUGAAAGAGAAAUUGAGCAUUUUCCCUGAAACACUGACUAAUGGAAUAAUUGAAUCUGUUAACAGUAGCAACAUGGCCUAACACUGUGUGUGUGUGUGCACCCGUAGACACAAUGUUGUGAGAAUUGUUGUGUUUCAAGAAGGGUCCGCGUAAGUGGUCAUACUUGGUAUCAACAAG